CCCUGAAGACAGAGAUAAAAUUACUAAGGAUUACUAGUGUAUUUGGUCAAAAGCACUGGUUGAAAGGAAAUAUGUACGUCAGUAAUCAUUUGUUUAAUUGUCAUUGUUAAAUCAGAAUUGUUCAUACAAGUUACUUUUUAUAUAUUAUAUUUACUAUACUGUUUAUAAAAUGAACAGUUCAUCGGAUCCUAGACGUCCAGAACGAGAAGUUCGGUACAAACCGAGCGUAUCAGGCAGUCAGGCACAACCAGACGACAGUGCAACUCCAGAUUAUAUGAAUAUAUUAGGAAUGACCUUUAGCAUGUGUGGUUUAAUGAUGAGAUUAAAAUGGUGUGCAUGGGUUUCACUAUAUUGCUCAUGUAUUAGUUUUGCUAAUUCUAAAGUAAGUGACGAUACUAAACAAAUACUCAGCAGUUUUAUGUUAUCUAUAUCAGCAGUUGUAAUGUCGUACUUACAAAAUCCACAACCCAUGACUCCACCAUGGGCAUCUGCGAUACAAUAAAGGGUUUUUUAAAUUCACACAA